CUAAAACUCACCAUGAAUGUAGUGCGCGAAAUCAACAAAAUCAACCAAGCAGAGCUCGAUUUCGGAGCCAGCGGCGCGUCCUGGCACGACGAGUACAAGGAUUCGGCCUAUAUUUUCGUAGGAGGCCUUCAUUUCGAUCUCACAGAGGGAGAUGUUAUAACUAUCUUCUCACAAUAUGGUGAAGUCAUGGACAUCAAUAUGCCCCGCGACAAAGACACAGGCAAACGACGCGGCUUCGCGUUUCUCAUGUAUGAAGACCAACGGUCGACGGUGCUCGCAGUCGAUAACCUCAAUGGCGCACAUGUGUUGGAAAAGACAUUACGUGUAGACCAUGUCAAGAACUAUAAGCAGGGCAAAGUGCGAAACGAAGAUGGAGAGCUCGUUGAGCCGGAGGAGCAGAGUCUCAAUGCCAAACCUGAAAUGAUAAUGGAUGACGGUGACGAUGCUGCUUCGGAAUCAUCGGCCUCGACUGGAGCAUCCAUUGACCCAGAAGACCCGAUGCGCGACUUCUUGAUUGCCCAAAGGCGCGAGGCCAAGGCUCUGCAAAAGAGUAAAUCUAAAACGAAGAAAUCCAAGUCGAAAGGCAAGCAUAAGGACGAGACACCUGAAGAGAGGCGUGCCAGAAAGGCGAAAAAAGCGGAGAAGAAGGCGCGGAAAGAGAAGAAAGGGAAAUCGGACGGGGUAAGAGGAGUACAGGACUUGUUAAACUCGCUGGGAGGCGGAGGUUUUCCGAGACGCGAAAGGUCUUUGUCGCGAACGCCUCCGCGUCGGGAACGAAGUCGCUCUCCACCGCCUCGACGCGGUUAUUCUCCACGUCGUGACCGUUCUCCACCAUAUCACGACCGUGACCAACAUCGCUCUCGGGAACUUGGCUCGUACAAACAUACAGUGCACUAUCCCCGAGAAACGCCGUUCUGUCAAAGUCUGCGAUCUGAAACGCUUGAUUUCGGGAGGAAUGUACGACUUGGAUGUCUAACCGUCAUCAAGUACCACGUCGAGGAAACUUUCCUGUUCUGUAUGGGCAUGCAGAUGACGGUUCAAACCAAGAGCGGGACUGGUCAAGGCCAGUAUAUCCGUUUCAAUGGGUACGAAUCGCGUUAG